AUGGUGUCACUGGUUGGGAUUUACGUCAGGGAGCAACAGGAGAAGCUGAACAUAGCCUUGAACAGUGAUGGGAAGCCACCAAAGGCCUCUAUGCCACUGUGGGCAGGCAGACAGCAGUCCCAACCUCGAGGCAGUGGUUUGUGUUUCACCUGCAUGUGGCAGAGCACAGACCUGUGGGGGCAGAGGCUCACAUACUUUUACAACAAUGCUCAGCUGGUGUCCUGGGUGGACAUUGCAUUCCUCUGCUGCCUCUCAUCAAACAGUGCUUCCGCCUGCUCUGUCAUUUGUCCUGUCACCCAGGAGCCCCGCAUUGUGUACGGCUUUGACACCUCCAUCCCUCUCUGUAGGAACUACACUGUGCAGGACCUGGCACUGGCCUUGAAAACAAAAAUCAAUCCUGAAUAGCUGGUGGCCAUUUUUUAUGCAGCCCUGAACAGCAGCAUGUGGCAGAAUCUGCCUCACCAGAAGGCACUGAAACUACUCAGUGACCUCAGUUUUCCUGAAUGCUGCUCCGUGUGGGCAGAGCAGAAAACUUCCUUCAGGUUUGUGUGCAAGAGUUUUGUCAGCAAGGGGUUUGCCUCUUCGAUGACUCAAGAGGAGAAAGUAAACGGUUUAAUGCUGAGAACCUUUUCCUGGUUUGACUUGACAGCUGUACCAACGAGAAAGUCUUUCUUUAGCCAGCUGCUAGAAUAGAGAGAGUUCGUCCAGUGCCAUCCCAUGCCUGGUGCUCUACUAGACCAGGCAUCCUCUGGAGACUGGUCUACAAAGCAUGUGGGUAAUCAGCACUAAUUAGCUGUAGUGGAGCCUAGUGUGAUACUGAUGACAUCGUCAUGUUUCACAGCUGCUUCCAACAUUUUCUCAGAAAUUCCAGAGGAAACUGCUGAGUAUGAUUCUAAAUUCUCAUAA